CGUGAAGCUGGAGCUCGGAGGCCGUGAUGUUAUCGGGGCAGGAUGGGUGGAUUACAUAAAUGUGGAAGAUUCGUUUAUGUGGUCUUCCAACAUGUUUUACUUUAUUGCUAAGAUUUCAUCUCGCCGGUACGAUGGUUCAAAUCUACGGAGACUUCCGUUCAAACCCCUUCCAUGACCGUUAUCUAGCUCAUCAUAUCCCGUCAUGAAUUGAAUGCUGUGCUGUACUGUACUGUGCCUCCACUCUUUUCGGCCAACGGUUCCGCUAUGUCCUCAUUCCUAUGACACAUAUAUUGCAAGGGGACAGACAAGACGUAGGAGACGUGCGGCUAUUGCAAAAAUGGAUCUCAACACGUCCUAUGGAGCUGGUUUAACUUACGAAUCUGUCUAGCUUCGCCGAGAGUUUAUGAUUCGUUAUAGUUUCAUCCUGUUCUUGAAAGAUCCGUCUCCGCGCCCUAUGCCGGGAUUGCUUUGGAUGGGUUCGAUUUUUAUACGCUCUUUCAGAUUGUGUUCACUACUUUAGCAUGGACUUCCCCCUCCAGACCAUUAUACAGAAGGGCGAGUUUUAUCAAUGAUCAAAACUUGCGUGCGUUUCUCGAAAUGAGCUAUAUACUAUUCGAGUUGAAUUUCUACAAUGUCGAGCCGUAUUGCAACUUAAUUUUCUUUUCUUUUCUUUCAUCAUGGAGGAAUGAAAUGCACUAGUUGAGUACAAUAUGAUGUGUAGUAUUUCUCACCCCCAGACAGACCAUCUGCUGUCAUUAUCUAAUAUUCCAGAGCAGAAAGUUUUCCGAGAGCAAGUCGAUCAUUAAUGACAAGACAUGGUUAACGUUCUUUUCUCUAGAAGUCUUCCUGCCGAACCCCGAUUCAACACGGAACUACCCUCUGAGCUCACUCAAAUACAGCUGUUAGCUGAGGUCCUGACGGGGGUGAAACUCACGAAAGGUUUUUUGAAGCAGAAGAAAGUUGGGCAAUUUUGGAUUGUUUCUCGGAGGACUUUACGCGUCACUAGCGGAGAUAGCAGAAAGCUAGCUAGCAUUUCUCCCAGGGAAGAAGCGGAGGAUACGAUGGCCGUCUCCUACCGGAUUCUAACGAUGGGUCAGAGACCCCAUCGCAGUGGCGAAUUUUUUGGCCUCAUGCUAUCCUGAAGGAUAGGUCACAUCUGCGAAGCAAUGUGAAUGGGCAUAUAUCUGCGGUGAACUAUCUGGAGAUAUUAGAGUUAUGGGGCGCUUUUCAAUGUUUGCGGGAGGAUCCCGGAUGCGCAGAAGAUCUUUACAGCGUAUGAACAAGUAAACCCGUUGUGCCCAAGGAUUGGCGUCUCUUGUGAUCGACAAAUCUUAUUUCUCAGUGUUUACGAACGUGAGGAAUUGAUUUUGACAUCCCGUGGAUGCACAUAACAAACCUAAACAUCUGGCGGCUAGUCCAGCAGCGCCUUGGUAAUGAUUCCGACGUUGCACGUCGUUCCUACCCAUGGUUCAUGCUCACAUUUAUUCAUUGUUGUUACUCUUUGGAAAAGAAAGAAAGGCGCACGAAAAGGGAAAGGGGAAAACUGGGACGACAAUCGGACCAAAAUAUAAAAUGUAAGUCAGGAUGAGUGCAAAAAUAUUGGGAAAAUCUCCUUGUAGAUUGAUCUAGGACCACCCUCUGACCUGGCCGAGUGUCCAAUUUUUUGAUUCUAUCUAAGCAGAACGUCAUGUAAAUCCUUAACUCGUUGAGCCAAUAAGCCGAUCUGAUUGUAAAUGUUGGUGUGAUUCAUAUGCAGCAAGCAAGGACUCUCUAAUUUCAUCCUUUUCACGAACCUUGUUUAAGAAAAUAAUAACAAUAACUCUUGCGCUAUAUCUAUUUAACCAAUCGAGACGG